AUGGUGGUACGUCCAUACUUCACUGCAGAUAGGCAUGUCCUGCCCUUCGACAAGGUCAUGGAACUUGAGCGCAUCGAUGAUGGGACGUUUCGCUCGAUAGUGAAAGCAUAUUCACCUACUGGAGGGGAGAAUGGAACGUAUGGUGGCCAUGUGUUUGCCCAAGCUGCAUGGGCAGCUGCUCAAACUGUGCCAGCGGGAUACAUGAUACACAAUAUCACGGGGUACUUCACCCUCGGAGGUCGUCCGGAGGAGCAUUAUACUUACCGUGUGGCCAAGAUCCGCGAUGGCUACAACUACAUCACGCGCGCUGUGAGCGUGUCUCAAGUCGCCAGCCAUGGCGCCAUGUUCACCUGCACCUGCUCCUUCAAACGUGAAGAAGACUCGCCGAUUGAUAUCCAGGACAUCAUACACUUGAAGGAAACCUACCACGCUGCCCUCGAAGGAAGAGAAAAUGAACCGAUGCAACAUGAAGCGACACCAAGCAAUGACUCGGUGCACUUUAGUGAAACCUAUCUCCCUGCACAUCCAGAGCACUUUAAUCCAAUAGGAGGGCUGCAUCUACGCAAAGUCGACAUGAGCGUAUUCAACAAUUCGAGGAACCCGCUGGAUAGGAGGCAGCUGAUGUUCUACUCCCUGCGUGGUGCUUUACCCCUUCCCACAGCGCCUUUUCCCCCUCCCCCGAGUAAUUCGGCCGAAAAGAUGGGCUUGACCAGGGAAGCUAACCUCCACGCCUGCGCUCACCUCUACGCCUCGGAUCGCAAUUCCCUCUUCAUCAUACCAAACCACGUUGACCGCGGACGGGACUUUACACGAAUGGCUUCACUAUCGCACACGGUGAUGUUCCAUGUUGGGAUUAGAGACCUGUUCAUGCUAGCUGAGCCGCGCAUCAACCAUGCAAAUGCCGAUCCUACGUUGUGGGAAGAUGGAUCGACGCCGCUUUGUAACAUUGGUGGUCUGGGAGGGAAGCAAGGAGGCGAUGCUGAUGGAAGAAAGUGGUUUGUACAGGAGGCGUGGAUGACGAGGGUGACGGGCGGGCGAGGAUUACAUACGAGUCGGAUGUGGGAUUAUGACCGUGGUGUACAUGUUGCCACGACUUUUCAGGAUGGACUGGUUCGGUUCAAGGCCACGGGAAAACUAUGA